UAUUUUGAUACAAAACACUUUGCAAUUAAUGGCAGAUUUAAAAAUCAACAAGCUGAUGUCGAUGCAGCUAUUAGCCAAAGUACAAAUAAUGAUAAAAAUAUCAGCAAACAGGAUGUCUCAUAUACACCUACGAAAUCUAAUGCAACGAAAUUCCUGACAAAUAUACCUGCAAGGGGUACCGAUGAAGGAAAAGAAAGAAAAAAUGAGUUUAAGUUAACAAGAAAUCACACGUCAAUAGAAAGUGUAAACUAUUCAUCAACGUCCGAAUACAGCGAGACAAUAAAUAAGAUAGAAAACGUGACGGACGUAGGACUGGAUGAAGAACAAUCCUGUAUUACUGUUGCUGUGCGUGUUAGACCAUUUAAUUUGAGGGAGAUACAGUCCAGCAAUACUCAACUAUGUUUGUGUGUAAAGGAAAACACUAUGUUGACAUGCGGUCCUGGAUUAAAACACAGCUUUACUUAUGAUCAUUGUUUCUGGUCACAUGACACAAAUUGUGAAAACUUUGCGACUCAGGAGUUUGUGUACAAAAAAAUUGGCAAACCUUUGCUGGAGAAUGCUUUUCAUGGAUAUAACACUUGUCUUUUUGCCUAUGGGCAAACGGGAUCAGGAAAGUCAUAUAGCAUGAUGGGGUUAAAUCACAAGGAGCAAGCUGGCAUUGUUCCAAGAUUUUGUGAAGAUCUGUUUGAAAGACUCAAGUCUCUCCCACAGGUGAUUUUUUCGGUAGAAAUAAGCUAUUUUGAGAUAUACAAUGAAAAAAUUCACGACUUGUUAGAUUAUCCCAAAGGAAAAGAUGAAAAAAGAACACAAUUACGUGUUAGAGAACAUCCAGAUUUAGGACCUUAUGUUCAAGAUUUGUCAACUUACAUAGUGAGCAGCUAUGCUGACGUUAAGUCGUGGUUAGCAGUUGGCAAUAAAAGUCGUGCUACGGCCGCAACGGGUAUGAACGAAAAAAGCAGUCGUUCACAUUCAGUAUUUACAAUUGUCCUUACACAGACCAAGACUGAGGUGCUGGAUGGCACGGAGACACAGAUGUCGAAAACAAGUAAAAUCAACUUAAUCGAUCUUGCUGGCAGUGAAAGAGCAAGUACAGCUUUAAAUGAUGAAAUUAUCAACUCUAAACAAACAUAUGAUCUUCGGCUUAAGGAAGGAGGUAGUAUCAAUAGAUCUCUUCAUACUUUGGGUAAAGUUAUUUCAGUGCUGUCAAGUCAAGAAAAAAGCGUAAAAAAGAAGAAAGUCCACAUUCCCUAUAGAGAUUCUAUUCUUACAUGGUUGUUAAAGGAUAGUCUUGGUGGUAAUUCUAAGACUGCUAUGAUUGCUACAGUUAGUCCUUCAAUAACUCAUUAUGAAGAAACACUUAGCACAUUGAGAUAUGCAAGUCAAACGAGAAAUAUCGUUAACAGAGCACGUGUGAACGAGGACCCUAAUGCAAAGUUGAUACGAGAACUUUUGGCAGAGAUCGAGCGUCUCAAGGAGUCAUCUAUUUCCUCUGAACAGGAAGUAGACAAUAGUUUAAAUGAUGAGAUCAUGAUGUUACGAGAAAAACUUCGGGAGACAACUGCUCUUCUUGCUGAAUCCACGAAAAAUUGGCAGGAGAAGUUAGAGUUAUCGGAAAAACGAAAAGUUGAAGAGGCAGAAAAAUUAAAGCAAGCGGGAAUUUCUUUUAAAGUGGACAACAAACUUCCUAAUCUCGUGAAUUUAAACGAAGAUCCUCAACUUUCUGAAAUGCUACUCUAUAUGUUAAAGGAAGGAGAAACAAGUGUUGGUCGCCGUCAAAGUGAUUUGGGUGUUACUGAUCACGAUAUUCAAUUAAAUGGCGUUUUAGUCGCCGAGAAUCAUUGCACGAUUCGUAAUGAAGGGAAAGCAUUUCGCCUUUCUUUCGUAGAUGACGCUCCAACAUACGUUAAUGGUUGCCAGCUGUUUAAAGAGACUGUUCUUCAUCAUGGAGAUCGUUUAGUCAUCGGUGGCGAUCAUUAUUUUCGGUUCAACCAUCCAAUGGAAGUGCAGAAGCGAAAACAAGAAAACAUCAGCGAAAAAGGAGAAAACAUGAACAUAAAGGAUUUUGAGUUUGCCAGAAAUGAACUGGCUGAAGCUCAAAAUGCCAGACUACAAGCUGAGUUGGAAGAAGCGAGAAUCAAAGCGAAAGAAGAGAUAAUGGUUGAGAUACAAGUAGCAAAGGAGACGGCCCAACAUGAACUGAAUGAACAAAAGGAAUGCUAUGAAAAACGUUUGAAUGAAUUGCAAAACAGCUUGAACGAAGUUGGCGCUGAGAAAACGGAGAUUGAGAAAUCGCACCAGAGUGCUGAAGAUAAAAUAAAUAAAUUACAAGCUCAUAAAAUGCUUCUUGAACAAGAGAUAUUGAAGAACAGAAAGAAAUUGCAAAUGGAAGCUCUAGCCGCUAAACAAGCUCUCGAAGAGACCAAAAUGAAUCAGGUUCGUAUCAUUUCGGAAUUAGAAAAAGAAAAGAGGAAGAUUCGCGAAGAUGUGGAAAAACUGAAGAAUGCUAAGACAGCACGAGAAGAACGAAAAAUGAGUAUUGUAUCAAAAGAUGAAAGAGGAAACAGCGAAUUAUUGAGGAUUUCAGUUAUGUUGAGAGAGGCAAACAAAAUCAGCGAAAGUCUAAAGAAAAAUUUGACAUUCAGUCGUGAUGAUAUCUUGUUCAACGAUAAGAUGGAAGUAAAGAUUCGUCUAAAUAACACAAAACUUGGCAUUACAACUGUUUGGUCUCUCCAGAAGUUUGAAGCGAAACUGAUACAAAUGAGAGAAACAUACCAGCAAUGUGAGUCAGACAGCGUCAGUGGUGAUGAAGAUCCGUUCAACGAUCCUUCAGAUCAAUGGGAAAAAGAUUUUAGAUUGGAAUCGCCUUCAAAAAACAUACGAAUGAGCAGACGUGAAACCCUGGAUUUAGUUUCGAAACUGAAAAGUUCUCUAGCAUCUCCUCUUUCGUCAAAGGGAAGUCAAUCUGUACUUUGUGGUGUCUCACCUCGAGCAAGAUUGUUGGUGAAUAAUGCUGUUAACAGGCAACAAGAAAAAGCUAAACGUUUGUUGGCAAAAUUUAAUAAAACGGAGUCGGUAUCAAAUGAAGAAACACAAGAAACGUCAAGUGACGAGAAUUUUCUCUUUGGCCAACGAAAUAUUUCAUCUGUUCCUGCAAUAUGCAGAGUUAUGAUGUCUAAUUUAAUUUCAAAAAUAGAAGAUUCAGCCAAUGAUGCACCUAUUCACGAACGAAUCAUCAUAAGUAUACAAGAAAUCUGUUCAUCUACAUCUACUCUACGCGAGGCAUACAAAAGCGACCAUAGCGAGAAGGUACCUAUCAGAGAAUCUGAAGCUGUGCGAAGUCAUGCAAUAAAGAUUGUGACGUCUCUUGAUCGUCUUUUGGAACAGUCGCGUUCAUGGAAAAUCCAGCUAGAUGUCGGUGGCUCAGAAAAGUUAGGGGAUAUGUCUUCAAGAUUGUUAGAUUCAGUUAGAAGAGUUGCUGCUCAUUUAUCAAAGUUUCUGAUGGGCUGCGAUGGUGAUAUGGUCUCUUUGUUAGAAGAAUCAGAAGAAAAGAUUAAAGCUAGCCUUGCUGUACUAGUCAAACAGGUGUCAAAGCUUGUUGUUAUUUCUCCCGAUCGGUUGGUGGAGGAUAACCUGUUUGAAGAAUUUGAGCUGCAAGCAUUCUGUGCAGGCUCCUUCGUUGAAGGUCAGAAUCUUGCUCUUCGUGAUACAUUACAAGAUUGUAAUAAAGCGGUGAAGGAUUCCCUUACCAAUAUGCAAAAACUUAUUCUUACAAGCGUGAAUGAGGUUGAAAAGGAAAUCCGAGAUGACGCAACUAGAUUGUUGAAAUCUCUUUUCAAUUUCAUCCGAAAUAUUCAGGAUAUACAGAAAACCUUAUCCUUGGUCAAUGAAUCGUCGUCCGUCCGCAGUAUUUCUGGAAGGCGAGUUUGUAGUUGUCAUGAGGUCGUCGACGGUCUUAGGUCAGUUACUGACGACAGUCAACGACUUACAACUACUGUUUGUGGACUGAAAAUAGACAAACCAAAAUUACUUAAUGCGGUUAUAGAAUGCUCAACUAAGCUUAAAGCAUCAGUUAGGGAUAUUAUAGAACACAUGCAGAACAUAGUGGAACAUGAUACUACGACAUGUGAUUAUCGUGAGCGAUCUCCGACGCCUUUACGUAACGAAUCAUCAAAUGAGGAGGGAAUAAACGUAGCGAGCAAAAGAUCUAUGGACAUAUCGCAGCUAUUUUCAUUGCAAGAAAAAUUACACGUUAAAGCGAAAAAUGUUCGAUUAACGUCACGUGAUCUUACACAGACUUUGACAAAAUAUUCUUUCUUAAAUGAUGAAAGCACCAUGGAAAGUCGACGUGCUUAUACUCCUGCUGGUAGCUCUGUUUGUAGUAGAGUUGGCAAAGGUCUCAGUGAUAGAACUAAUUCUCUUGUUUCUCAAAAACGAUUAGCUCGGAAUGAACUAAUACAACCGCAAACCUUUCUAUGCAGUCCAAGAGAAGGAGAAAAUACCUUAUUUCGGUCGAAAGAGUCGCCAUUGUAGCACACAAAGAAUUUUUACCAUAAUGUUAGAAUUUUUCAUGUAUAGAAUAUUAUAUAAAAUAAUAAUUAGCAUUUUUUACAACUCAUUUCUCCUUUCACUUUCCAUCCCCACCUCACCCUCUGUGUGAACUGUUAUCGUUGAAUGGAACCUUGUUAGCGUUCAAGUUUGUAUCAAACUACUCUCAGUGGUUACCAUUUAUUUAGAAAUCUAUUGUUUUUCAAUAAGAGAAUACAUAAAAAUUGAUGGACAUUGUACUCCAUUAUUGGUUGUAAUCAGAAGAUCCAUUUGCGUGGGAUUUAUCUACUUACACAUAAAGACAUGGAGUUACUGAUUUAUCAUUAUGUUAAAAGAAAAUACACAAAAAAUUGUUAUAAGGUCAAUAACAGUUAUCUGUACUCAAUCUGUAACUAGUUUAUUUGUUUGUGAUAAAGACAGAGAACUAUUCUUUUUUUGUUCAA